AUGGCCGCCUGUGGUUUAGAGGAAAAAAGUAUUUAAUGAUUUCAGUGUAGUAUGUAUUUGCUGUGUUGUUGCUAUAGGUAUUGUUUCGACAUGUGGAAAUAAGGGGAUAUUUACUGUCGAGAUUUGGGGGAAGGGUGUUCUUGCUGCUGGUCUGACUUGCUUCCCAUCAGUAAAGAUGGAGAUAAUGGCUCAAGGGAACACCCAUGCUCAGUGGGUGCUAUCCCAACUCAACCAACAGAGGGAGCUCGGCAAGUUCUGCGAUGUCAUGCUCAGCACCCAGAACGGUCAGGUGUUCCUGGCCCACCGCAAUGUCCUCGCCUGCUUCAGCCAACUAUUCCAAGAGCCCAUUUCAAACACCACACCUAGCAUGGAGGUCAACCUUCCUCAGGAGUGCACUGAAGAUGGCCUUGAGCUGCUUUUAACUUUCUUCUACACUGGUGAACUGCAGCUGAACAGUGAUAAUGAGGCGAAGGUUCGAGGUGCAGCCAAUGGACUGUCUGUCCCUGAUUCACUUAUACCUGGCCAGGGUCCGCCAGGGAUUAAGGCUCCCAAGGGUUCGGACUGUGCUGGGGAUGCUGAAGGCAAGCCACCUUUGCCCUCAUCUGCGGUGAUGAACACCAAACCUGAUCUGACUGUCCAAGAACAAUCAAAACCUCGACAGAGAGUGAAAAACAAAGCUGAAACUGUAGGGAAGGCAGCGCCAGCAGUACCAGCGGUUACAGAACUUGACGAUUCCUCCAGUGCCAUUUCGUCCACCACUACUCGAUCUGGCAGGAGAGUAAAGGGCCCGAGCAGGUUGGUUGGGGAAAGCCCAGUGACUGGGGUUCAAAAGUCAUGUACACCUAGGAGAAGAUCACCAGCUACUGAGGACAAGGCUGAGGGCACUGUCACCACUGAAGGAGAUCAGAGUAAUACUCAAGUGUCAAGCCAGGCUGAGGAUGUUCCUGCCGACAGUCAGAAUAAUGACGCUGUUGAAGAUGUUGAUGAGGAUGGUGUGGGCCUCGAAGGUUUCCCAGAGGACACUGAUGAAGAGUAUAUACCUCAUGAUUCACCUGUAACACCUUCGAAGAGCCCCAGAGGAAAGCGCAAACGAAAAGGCAAAGCUACAAAUAAAGAAAACGGAGAGGCCUCGCAGAAGGACGUGAAGAAGGGCUCUGUGCAGUGUCCUACAUGCCACAAAACAUUCCUCAGCAAGUACUACCUAAAAGUACACAACAGACGGCACACGGGGGAGAAGCCUUUCGAGUGUGCGAAGUGCGGGAAAUGCUACUACAGGAAGGAGAAUUUACAGGAGCAUGAGGCCAGGAACUGUCUCAGCAGAACUGAGGUGGUCUUUUCCUGUUCCAGAUGCUCCAUGACCUUUAAGAAGAGACAAGAGCUGCGUCUCCACGUGGUCACACACACAGGAGAAAUGCCAAAUAAGUGCACUUCAUGCUCUGAACAGUUCAUGCAGAAGAAGGAUCUCCGGAUCCACAUGAUUAAAAUCCAUGGAGCUCCUAAACCACAUGCGUGCUCACUGUGCCCCAAGUGUUUCCUGUCACGCACAGAGCUGCGCCUCCAUGAGGCAGCUAAGCACCGGGGAGAGAAGCUGUUUGUGUGUGAGGAGUGUGGUCACCGAGCAUCCAGCCGCAAUGGCCUACAGAUGCACAUCAAAGCCAUUCACAGGAAUGAGCGUCCAUUCGUGUGCGAGUUCUGCAAGCAUGCCUUUACCCAGAAAGCCAACCUCAACAUGCACCUCCGCACGCACACGGGCGAGAAACCAUUCCAGUGUCACCUUUGUGGCAAGACCUUUCGCACUCAAGCGAGCUUGGACAAGCAUCACCGUACACACACUGGCGAGCGGCCAUACAGCUGCGAGUUCUGUGAGCAGAGGUUCACUGAGAAAGGCCCGCUGCUGCGCCACAUUGCCAGCAAACACCAGGAAGGCCGGCCGCACUUCUGCCACAUCUGCAACAAGUCCUUCAAAGCCAUCGAGCAGCUUCGCGUUCAUGUACGGAGACACAAAGGCAUGAGGAAGUUUGAGUGCACCGAAUGUGGCUACAAGUUCACCAGACAGGCUCACUUGCGGCGGCACUUGCAGAUCCACAACCGCGUGGAGAACUACAACCCCCGCCAGAGGCGACUGCGCAACCUGGUGGUGGAGGAUGAGAAUGCAGCUGCUGCAUCCACUCCGCCAAGCCAGACAGAGGCCACUCCAGAGCUUGGGGACAUAAUCAGAGUAGAGGUCAAGUCAGAGGUCCAGGGGCCAGAACUGGGAGCAUCCACCCAGGCCAUGGACCCUGGGGGAGACCAGGCUACGAUCACGGAGACAGAGGCUUCAGCCAGCGGCGAGCAGCCAACGUUCAGCGAGAUGAAGGAGGCAGAGGCUGCGGAUGAGCAGGAUGGCUUUACCGUGGACAAUGUGAUUCAGCACACGGUGCUGGUGACGGACACGUUUCCCAUCCAAACUGAUCUGGUGGUGGAGCUACAAGGCUCUGGGACUGAUGGGAAGACCUGAGGGAGAGAAGAGUGACCUACAGAGUGACGAUAGUCAUGUAAAUGCCUUGAUUCAUCAAAACACCCAAAAGAACUAUAUAUAAUAAACAUUUAUUUGCAUACUGCAGCCUGCAAUACCAGUCAGAGUAUCAGGACAAUGAUUAAAGGAGAAUUCUAUUCAUUUUUCAAAAUUUCUGUGUAAUUAAAUAGUUGAGAUGUGAACAUGGAAUGUUGGAUAGUAGUGAACUAUACCUGCUGAUUUAUAUACAGUGGUGGUGGUGGUGGGAACUGGGGUUGUGGCAUCUGGCAUCACACAUCUAGCCAUUUUAUUUACUAUCUGAAAAACUAGCAAACCUACACGUGUCUUAUAUGUAAUUUUGAUGAUGGUAAAAUAGUUACAUCUGAAAAAUGUCUUCUUUGGGGACUG